CGUAGUGCACACACAGUGCGCCCGAGUGCGAGGAGGGAUUUUUGUGAGGGGAAUCGCGCGGUUGGUGUGCUUGCUGUACGUGGGUGUGUGUGUGUGUCGCUGUAAAUUGUGCUAGAUGGUGCUUGACCGUCAAUCGGAGGCCCACUAAAGAUGCCCAGACGGCAUCUGCUCUACUGACAGUGUCGCCUCGUCAACAUGCAAGCCACCAGUGACCAUGAGGAGCUCAAAGCUUUGGGAUUUUCGCCCUUUGACACGCAUCUCCUAGCAGAUUCCUCCGUGCUCGACAGUAUCAUGUCCGGAAAAAGGACAUCCGACGAUGCUGCGUUUAGUUUAGACGACGUACAGUUAACAGAGCCAACACCGAAGAAAGUCCCUCCGCCGAAUGGCAAAAAAACUAAAGGCCGCGUCAAGAUCAAGAUGGAAUUCAUCGACAAUAAGUUACGGCGGUAUACAACGUUUAGUAAACGAAAAACCGGCAUUAUGAAGAAGGCUUAUGAGCUGUCUACACUUACGGGAACGCAAGUCAUGCUUCUAGUGGCGUCCGAGACUGGACAUGUGUACACGUUCGCUACGCGGAAGCUUCAGCCCAUGAUCACGUCGGAGGCAGGCAAGGCCCUCAUUCAGACAUGCCUCAACUCUCCCGACCCGCCUGCGUCAGGACAGAUACAGGCCACAGGACCAGGCGCCACUGACCAACGCAUGAGCGCCACUGGGUUUGAAGAAACAGAACUCACAUACAGCGUGUCAGACGACUGCGAAAACAAGGAGUCGAAGGCACUCUUUGGCAGUCUCCUUGGCAACGAUGACGACAGUGAGAGCGAGAAUUCUAGCCACAACAGCUCCUCCCCCCCUCCACUGGCUCCGCAAGGUACGGGGGCACGUUCCGUGACCCUCCCCAUGGUACCGGCGGGUACCCUGGUGUACCACACCCCACAGGGGGGACUGGUGUAUGCCCCACCCGGGAGUGCAGCGUCUACGGAAGCGCUUCUUCUCAACAUAGGGCAGACGACAGCACCUCAUGAUGUCUCCACUGGUUCAUCAGCGCAACAGUUCAUCACCAUCCCUGUGGCGGUAUCCCAAUCCCAGCAGGUCCUCGGCGGGCUGACCACCUGGCCAGGAACUACCACCACCUCGACCACCCUAAGUACAAGCCAAAGAAUGCCGGGAGGCCGCGGCCAGCCCGACAAGUUGUAGCAGACGACAGACGAUGCGAGAACAGACAUUGCCGUGCGUGUUGUUGCCCUCGGUGCGCACCUGCACGGGACUGCUGCGCCGACCCGAACAGGCCCAACCUCUUUUGUCAGUUUGUUGGUUAGCAGCAAGGUGGCAGUAGUGGCCAUGUUUUGACAAACUGUUAGUGCCAUCUUUUAGGUGAAAGGCCAAUCUAUGAGCAGGACGGCAUACGAGACGUAAUGUUUGGCGCGGGCCAGUCCCCUUGCCCAAAAGCCUGCACUGUUUGCCUAAGACGUUUUUUUUGUUGAAAUUUGAGUUCCUUGUGUGCCUGAAUCAUAGAGUUAGCUGAAAAACGAGAAGAAGAAAAAAAACGACGUAGGAAAGAAACCAUGAAGCGGGGCAAAAGUAUGUAUAAGGUUUCUGCGUGCUUUAAUGAACCCGGUAUGUACAAACACAUGGAUAUGUAUUGGUGACCAAGUGUUCUUCCAUGAGCUUCAACUUCCAUAUUUUUAAUCAAACCACGGGAUACCACAAAAGGUGACUACUUAUACAUUAAAAAAAAAACAAAAAAGGUACCAAGGGGUACCACCAAUUUUGUGGUAUCCCAAGGAAUGGUUGCGAAUAUGGCUGCGACUCCCCUCCGAGAUCUCCACGACACCGUGUGACUGGGACUCAAAGAAUCUGUUCACUCUAUACAUAAUCUGUUUUGCCGAUGUCAUAAAGUGUGUGCAUCAUCACCGUC